AACGGGAGCUUUGCUGACCAGGCAAAAGCGAAAGCAGGUGCUGCCUGCCACCGGGUCUUUUUCUUACUGGCUGAAAGGGAGCUGCCUUUUCCCAGAAGAGGAAGGCAUGGCUGGGGAGAAGGAGCCGGGGACCCUCCGGGAGGCGCUGCAAAGCCGCCUCCAGGCGUUGGGCAUCGAGGCGCUCAGCGUGGAGCACCCAGAAGUGUUCACAGUUGAAGAAAUGAUGCCUUAUGUGCAGCAUUUGGAAGGGGCCCACAGUAAAAACCUUUUCCUAAAAGAUAAGAAGAAGAAAGGGUUUUUCCUGGUGACAGUUCUGCACAACCGGCAAAUCAAUUUAAACGACUUGGCGAAAAAACUGGGUGUCGGAAGUGGGAACCUACGCUUUGCCGACGAAGCGGCCAUGGUGGAUAAGCUGAAGGUGGGCCAGGGAUGUGCCACCCCCUUAGCACUUUUCUGCGACCAAGGAGAUGUGAAGUUUGUGCUGGAUGCUAGCUUCCUGAAAGGGGGUCACAAUCGGGUGUAUUUUCACCCAAUGACAAAUGCAGCAACCAUGGGAUUACAUCCGGAUGACUUCCUAAAAUUUCUGAAGUCCACAGGACACGAACCCAUCAUUGUGCACUUUGAUGAAAGCGACAAGUAGCUUUUGUGACACUUGUUUUUGUCUGGGAGGCUUUGCAGUUGUAUUGAAAAUUCAAAAAUAUUAAUUAUGCUUAUUAUUCAUGAAA